GAGGUUUCCACAAAAAUAACGCUAGAUGUAGAUAUACCACUCUCAUCAGUCAUCGAGGUCUAUGAGUUUCAUCACUUUAUCCGCAGGUGAAACCCCAGUGAGAGAUGGGAGUGUACGCAGAUGUAUCCACUACUCCAGUUUCAAUUCCUAAAUCCAUUCCGAAAAGACACAAACCUUUAUUCCCUCAGUACAUUCAUGGCAGAGCUACAGGAAUAAGCUUCAACCCCAAAACCCUUCCACUCUUCCCCAGUUUCAGAAACUCUUUCUCUACUAAAUCAAAGAAUGAGAAGAAUUUCAAUUGUAAGUCUACAUUUUCUUCCGAUUCCGACGAUGGAUUCUCAUCAACUCCCUCUAUUAACGACGACGAUUUCGUAGUCGUAAACUUUUAUCGUUUUGUGUACAUUGAAAACCCAGAAGAAGAAGUUGCUAAACAGCUUUUAUUCUUACAAGGUUUUGAUAUUCAUGGCCGAAUUUAUAUAAAUGAACAAGGAAUCAAUGCUCAAUUUAGUGGUCCAGUUAAAGAUUCAUUAAGGUAUGUUGAUUGGUUAAAAAAAGAUCCUAAAUUUUCUGAAAUUUUUGUUCAAAUUUCUCCUUCUUCGGAUAAUAGUCAUGCCUUUCCUAAAUUGAGACUGAGAUAUAAACCCUCAUUGGUACAAUAUGAAGGAGGAAUUUCACACUUGCCUAUACUUGAAUCAUCUAUGAGAGCAAUUCCUUUAACACCAAAUGAAUGGAGGGAGAAGCUAUUAGGAAACUUGAAUGAUUUUGAUAGGAAAAUUGUUUUGUUAGAUGUGAGAAAUGGGUAUGAAUGGGAUAUUGGUCAUUUUAAUGGUGCAAAAAGACCUCAAGUAGAUUCUUUUAGAACAACUUCAUUUGGUUUAUCUGAAUCUGAAAGUAGUACUGCUAAUGUAGAUGUUGUUGAUGAUCCUUUAUCUGGUGUUGACAAAGAAAAAACCGAAGUAUUAAUGUAUUGUACGGGAGGGAUUCGUUGUGAUGUAUAUUCGACUAUUCUUAGACAAAGAGGGUAUAAAAAUUUGUAUACUCUAAAGGGAGGUGUAUCUAAUUAUCUUCAGAAGGAAGGCUCUGAUGGAUGGAUUGGCAAUUUAUUUGUUUUCGAUUCACGUUUAUCUCUUCCUCCUUCCGCGUACAAUCCAGAGGCUUCUGCGAAUGGAGUGGAUCCCCAGCCUGAUAAUGAUGCAUUUGCGAGAUGCUAUAUAUGUGGGUUGCAGAGAUUGAAUGAUUUGUGGCACAGGAAUUGUGCAAACCUUGGUUGCAAUAUGUUAAUAUUGUCUUGUAACAAUUGUGUUGAAGAGUUUAAAGGAUGUUGUUGUUCAGAUUGUAUGUCUGCACCUCGAAUUCGACCUGUUCUACCAGGGCCACAGAGGUAUAAAAAAUGGCAUAUCUAUCGGGAUGCAGAGUUACAAAAAGAUUCAAUUGCUCGAGAUUAUCCAGGACAUUCAGCCGCCAUCGCCAUCUAAUCUAAUAUUCUUAUACAUGAACUUCAAGGGCUGGAUUUAAGCUUGACUCUGGCUUUUAACCUGAUAUAAGACGAGUAGAAUAUGGUGUUGAUUCUAUAAUACUCCAAGAUUUUCUUUCAAAAUCGUAUGGAACCACAUUGGCUUUCCAUUUACUGUCGUCAAGGAGUUGGAUUACUUCUCUAUUGAGCAUGUGUACCAGGACACUAGCAUAGCAGUUGGUCAAGGAGUUGGAUUACUUCUCUAUUGAGCAUGUGUACCAGGCGACUAACACAGCAGUUGAUAAUUUGCCAACUUGCACCAGCACCGAACUCUUUUGCCAAAUAAAAUAUACUACAAAUGCAACAAUUAAUUGUUUUCGCUUUUUGUAGUGGUUUUGGAUCCCAUCAAAACCCUCACUCGCAUCUUAUGACUAUUCCUUGAGCUGAAUGGGCAAGUUUUAUCGCUCCGAAGUGACG